CCUGGAGCGGGGGCCGAGCCUUCUAAUCGCUGCAUUCCGCACUUCGCAUAUAGACCUCCCCAGUCACGAAGGGGGUGAUACUAGAUAGGGGGCACACACCUUUUCCAUCCUCUGCCACAGAAACGCAGCUAAAGAUCCUAGCCUAAGGUUCACACCUCAGUGACAGGUGACGCAUUGUGUAGAUUUUUUGUGUAAGGGUGCCCGUUGGCCAGCCAGGAACAGCAGACACAUAAAAUGUUCAUAUGUCUAUUAUUACUUUUAAUACAUUUAUGUUCCACUUUUCAUCCAAGGAGUUCAAGUGAGCACAAAUGGUAUGACAGAAAGACAGAGAGAGAGAGAGAGACUGAUGCAAGGCCACCCAGUGAAUGUGGUUCAGUGAUCAGGCACUCUUACUAUUAUGCCACACUGGCUUUAGAAGCACUUUGUUGUGGAGAAGUCAGCAAGUGAAAGUUCUCACAGCAUGGAAAGAAUUAUGAUCACUUGCUAGUAUCAAGCUGAUAUUUUAAACAUUUUUUUAAAAGGCAACCUUCUCCUUAUUUAGCCACCUUCCUUUGUUUGUAUUGGUAUAUUUGAAUUAUAUAGAAUUUUUGUCAUGCAAAACGCUCUGUAGCAAAGUUCUGCAUGACAUAGUGUGAAUCCCCUGUUGUAGACAGGAAAUGUGAGGCUCAGAGACAGCAUGCUGUUCCCAAAAUAAUUAGCCGAAGUAAGACUUGAAUACAUAUUGCAGUCAAGAUCUUAAGGCCGGGGGCUUAAAAAAAAAAACAUUAUUUUUUUCCUUUUUCUUGAAUCCACCCUUGCUCCAGGGCUUUAUUUCUGCUAUGGCAAAUUCCCAUUUUCAAUUUUUGUGCAUCCAGCCCUAUAGUCAAAUCUGAGGACAGGAACAUUUAGCAACUUGGGGGAUGUUUGCAACUCGUUUGUAAGGGGGAUAUAGUACCCUCCCAAUUUUUAAGACAUGUGUACAGUUGAUAAUGAGAGUGGUGGCUGUAGCUCAGUAGCUAAGCUUUUACUUUGUAUGUAGAAAGUACCAGGUUCAUCUCCAGUUAAAGGAUAUUUGAUUAUAGUGCUGGGAAGGCACUCUGCUUGAGUCUCUGAAAGCUGCUGCUAAUCAGAAUAAAGGGCUAGAUAGACCAGUAAUUUGAUUCCGGAUGGGGCUGCUUCCUUAAGUCACUGCCAUGUUUCAUAUUAAUGUCGAAGCAUUUUUCCCCCUGAUAACCAAACUGCAAAGGCCAGUUUCUCAGUAUUCCAUUAGAGAGCUGCAAGAGUGGUAAAAAUAUAAAAUAAACCCUUAUCUAGAAGGUCAGUAUUUCUAAAGAUAAGCCUGGAGGCAAAUGCUUUGAUACCAAAUGUCCUAAAAAGAAGUGUAGGUCAAGAUAACCCUGUACAAAAGGGGCAAUCAGAAUCUCCCAUGAGAAGACAAUAAUUUGGAACAAUGUUUGCAGACUUGGACUAUGACAUUGAGGAGGACAAGCUGGGGAUUCCUACAGUCCCUGGCACGGUGACCUUGAAGAAGGAUUCUCAGAAUCUAAUUGGAAUCAGCAUAGGAGGAGGAGCGCAGUGCUGUCCCUGCCUUUACAUUGUUCAGGUGUUUGAUAACACUCCAGCGGCUCUAGAUGGAACUUUGGCAGCUGGUGAUGAAAUCACAGGUGUGAAUGGAAAGUCAGUCAAAGGGAAAACCAAAGUAGAAGUGGCCAAAAUGAUCCAAGCAGUGAAGGGAGAAGUGACAAUCCACUACAACAAACUCCAAGCUGAUCCAAAGCAGGGAAAGACCUUGGAUAUUGUGUUGAAGAAGGUGAAGCACCGCUUGGUGGAGAACAUGAGUUCAGGGACAGCAGAUGCCCUGGGGCUGAGCCGAGCUAUCCUCUGCAAUGAUGGGCUGGUGAAGAGACUGGAAGAGCUGGAGAGGACUGCAGAGCUAUACAAAGGCAUGACGGAGCACACAAAGAACCUCCUCAGAGCUUUCUUUGAGCUGUCUCAGACUCAUAGAGCAUUUGGUGAUGUGUUCUCAGUCAUUGGUGUACGAGAGCCCCAGCCAGCUGCUAGUGAAGCAUUUGUGAAAUUUGCAGAUGCCCAUCGCAGCAUCGAGAAGUUUGGAAUCCGCCUUCUAAAAACUAUCAAACCGAUGUUGACUGACCUGAACACUUACUUGAAUAAAGCCAUUCCUGAUACAAGGCUGACUAUCAAGAAGUAUUUGGAUGUGAAGUUUGAGUAUUUGUCCUACUGUCUCAAGGUGAAGGAGAUGGAUGAUGAGGAGUGCAGCUGCAUUGCACUUGGAGAACCUCUCUAUCGGGUCAGCACUGGGAAUUAUGAAUAUCGCUUAAUCCUCCGUUGCCGCCAAGAGGCACGUACGCGCUUUGCCAAGAUGAGGAAGGACGUGCUAGAAAAGAUAGAGCUGCUAGACCAGAAACAUGUGCAAGACAUUGUGUUCCAGCUCCAACGCUUCGUUUCCACCCUUUCCAAGUAUUAUGAUGACUGCUAUGCUGUACUGCGGGAUGCAGAUGUCUUUCCCAUUGAAGUGGAUCUGGCCCGUACCACACUGAGUUAUGGCCAGAAGGAUGUCUUCACAGAUGGGGCAGAGGAUGAGGAGGAAGAAGAAGGGGAAUGCAGCCGGAAGGAAGAAGAGAAUGGUGAGAAACUCAUUGAUGAUGCCUGAGCUCACAAACUUGAUGAGGUGGAAAACCCCUGCAAAGACUGAUAAAUUCUAUUUCUCUAGACAACUUGUUUACAGUGACUUUUUUGUCUGUAUAAGCCCAGUUGUGGAAUCAAGAUUCUGACUUGACUGUGGGCAGUUGGGAUGGCUUGGAACUAAAAUCGUUCAUGCACGGCCCCUCUUCCAAAAGUGUCCUCCUGCCUGGUAUGUCUAAAUGACCUUUUUUCAAAAUUUCAUUGCCAACUUGAGGAGAUGGCCAGAGGAAGAUUGACUACAUUGGAAAACCCUUCAGUCCUCAUCCCAGCAAGGCUGCCUGUGCAGAGGGGCUUCAUUUGAAUGUACAGGAAACACAUUUCUAUUAACUAAAUGAUGAUCAGUGCAGACUCCUUGUGUGUUAGUUAAGUCCAAAAAUAUCAUGGGGUAGGAGAAGAAGAAUGGCUGAAGGUUUUUUGGUUCCUUCUUCCUCCUCCACUUUUCAUCUUGAAUUACAUUUCUCUUAAAAGAUAGGUUUAAUUCAGAGAAUAGAUCCCUUUCUUACCAUUGGUCAUAGGUCUUAUUAGACCAGAAGGAUGAAACCAGAAAAAAUGGCCUUGAAGAUAAAGGUAAUUUUAAAGACCAUCUGAGGAUUAUCAUUAUCCUCCAUAGGAUGGCAUCAGUAUGGAUAGUCACUAUGGAAUGUGAUGUUGGGAUUAAAUUGCAUUGCUAUAUGUUUCCAGUCAGUACCAUGCAAUAUGUCAUGACUGUUCUUAGCCAAUACCAAAUCCAUAAGGAUCACAUAGUCAUAACCCUCCUGCUGUGUGAUCUUUUCUAAAAUACAGAAAAGUUCCAGUAUUUAACAUAGUGGCCACUUUGGAAAGUUUAUAUAGCAAGCAGGGAAAUGGUAUCUAUGAAAGGAGGCCAUCGAUUUGCUGAGGUUAAAAAUCAACCAUUUUAAGCAUUACAGUUCUAAUUUGUAUCCUGCACUUUCAUUACACCUACGCAUUUUCUUUUAUUCUUUUGAAAUAUUGCUCCUGAGGACAGAGAGCCCAUUAUGAGCCCCAAACAGUAUUUCCUCCCCCUCAUUCACUCAUGUAAUGUUAAAAGAAAGAGGUCACUGAGAAGGAGGAAGGGUAAAUUAGGGCAUAAUCCAUAUUUAGGCAGCAAAAAGUCCUACAACUCUCCGCAUUCUCCAACCAGCCAUUCUGGCUUGGAAAUAUUGAGAGUUGUAGUAUUUUUCCUUGUCUAAACAUGCACAGGAUUACAUCCUGAUCCUCUGAGGAAUUCUCCCAGUCCUGUACCUUUUUGCAAUUUCUAACAGAACACAGUGACAUUUUGUCCUGAUUAGUAAGAAUGAUCUUUUGGAAAUAAUGGGCAUUGGCUACUACAUCACUCCAUGAGAUUGUGGCAGCUUGUCAAGGAGAGAAGGUAUAUAACAGCAUUAAAUGUGUGUCCUUGUAACUUCCCCUUGGUUUUUGUUUCUUUUUGCAUCCUUCUUCGUGAAUGGCCAAGAAAAGACUAUGUGGGUCCAGGGCCCUUCAGUGGGCUUUUAUGUGUGGACUAAUAAAGAAAAAAUGAACUUUC